UUAUAAAGAAUAUGUACUCGCGUAUACAAUAUAAACAUUUUCUAAGUAAACAGCUUGUUUAUUAUGCAUCAAUGACCGGAUAAGAAAUCAGUUUAGUGCCGACCGAGGAACAAGACAAACGCACAGUUUGGUAAAUAUGCCGGAAACAAAUUACCCAUUUGAAAUAACCGAUGUGGAGGAGGGGACAUCAAAAAUGUUAAUGAAGUAUUUCACAGGUGAAAUGACAGGGUUUGUUCGAGUGGGUCCCAAAGGCUACUUUUUUCCGCAAAAAUUUAAACAGGAAGCCGCAAAUUUUUAUAACAUGGCAAUAAGACCGAGCGAUAUUUUUGUGACGAGUUAUCCAAGAUCGGGCACCACAUGGGCCCAAGAACUAGUUUGGAUGGUAGCCAACGACCUGGAUUACGAAACGUCAAACGCUAUACCACUAACAGAAAGAUAUCCGUUUCUAGAAUUUUCAGUAUGCGUCCACCCCGUAAAUAUGCAAAGGUUUAUAGAGGAAAAUAGCCACGAUGAAAGUAAAUUGGAGCUCUUAAGGAUGGUCACAAAGCCUGGAACAGAACUGUUAGCUGAUGCUCCUUCACCGCGAUUUAUUAAAAGCCAUCUGCCGCUAUCUCUAUUUCCGCCUAAUAUAUUGGAUGGAAAAAUGAUUUACGUGGCAAGAGAUCCGCGGGAUGUUGCAGUGUCCUUCUACCACUUAAAUAAAUCUAUGAGGACACAGGGAUAUACGGGAGACUUCAAACUAUUUUGGGAAUGCUUUAUGAAUGACUUACACCACUGGACACCUUUUUUCGAACACUUAAAAGAAGCGUGGGAAAAACGUGAUCACCCAAAUUUGCUAUUCCUCUUUUAUGAGGAGUUGUCAAAGGAUUUGCCGGGAGCAGUUCGUCGCGUAGCCGAUUUCUUUGGCAAGAGCUACAGCGACUUACAGAUUGAACACCUUUGUGAUCAUCUCAGUAUUGACAGUUUCAAGAACAAUAAUUCCGUGAACUAUGACGUCAUGAAGGAGCUCGGGAUUAUGGUUGGCAAUAAAGAGUUUAUCAGAAAAGGCAAAGCCGGUGGUUGGAGAGACUACUUCGAUGAGGAUAUGAGUGCUCAAGCCGAGAGAUGGAUUGCUGACAAUCUACGUAACUCGGACUUACGCUUUCCCCAUCUUUAAUAAUCUCCAUUAAUAUAAACAUAUUUUUUAAGUUUAAUUUAUGUAACUAUUACUAUAACGAUAAUAUCUUGUAAUAUAAUAAAUUGAUAUACUUUAUCGA